AUGACUAAAGCGGUGAUUAGAAGCAAAUUAGAUGACGACACGCUAUCUCGUACCCUUGAGAAAGGAGAGUUUGAGGCAUAUCCCGAGCGAGAUUUUGAGGAUGGAAUUCAUGAUUACAUCUCUGAAGUUGAAAAUGUUGAUUUAGACAUUGAUAUAGAAACCACAAUCCGAACAUCUCAAGAUGACAAAAUGAACGAGAUUGAGAAUGAAGUGAUUCGUGAGAGUUGUGAUGAUAUAGUAUAUAAAGGAAAUCUCCCAAACAAAGUGAGAAAGAGAGAGGAUGACCAGAACGACGACCAUUCAAAUGGGCACUCGGCCGAAGACAAGGAUACCAAAGAGUCCACUAUUACUCCAAUUGUACACGACAAAACCCAUCCCGACACCAUCAAACGAGCCAAGAAAUUGAAAAAGGCGAAGAAAGGGUUUACCGUAGAGGAUGUUAUAGCGCGCAAUUUCCAAGAGUUAUUGCUUCAAGACACGGAGUAUAAAGUGAGUGAUGUUGGUCGUGUUCAACGGACGCCGAAAACGUGGUCGAAGAUCUUGUGGAAUGCCCUGUUACUUGGCUUUUCAUUAACAAAUUCAUUGAUUGGAGCUGGUAUCUUAUCUCUUUCUCAGACGUGUUAUAAGAUGGGGAUAGUUGGGUUCUUUCUGUGGAAUAUUGCGACGAUCUUUUACUUUAUAAUUACGUGGUAUUUCUAUAAUAAAGCUAUUUAUAUAACUGGAGCGGCUACAAUGGGGGAAUUACUGAGUAUUUUCUUUGGGAACGUUAUAGCUAUAGUCGUUGAUCUUUGUAACACUUUAUUUUAUUUUUGUGUGUUAAUGAUAUACCAAGUGAUCAUCACACAAUAUUUAUUUGGGAUAGUGACCGAUUUGACCUCCAGAGAAAAUUUUGAAUAUACGCUAGAUACCUGUUACGAAGGGAAAACAGCGGGGGUCUAUUGCAAGUGGCAUUACAUCAUCUUAUAUUUAGUCGCUUUGCUUCUCAACCUCCCCUUAAUCAUCCCAAAAUCCGUCAAAUUUUUAAAUCGAAUUUCUAUGUUAAGUAUAGUCGGCGCAGUCACCGUGUCUUUUGUUAUCUUUGCAAAAGCAAUUUAUUACGGUUCAAACAAUAAAAGUUCCAAUGGCGAUGGGACUAAUAAUGUGCCCACUUUCAAUGGAAAGUGGUGGCCUUCGGGCGUAUUAGACUUUUUUACUAUGGCCCCUUUUAUUACAGCGAAUUACCAAAUCCAUUCAUGUCUCCCACCACUGUAUUCUGGUACAAAAGGGAUGUCUAAGAAGACCAAAUUGUUAUCAUUGCAAGGGGCGUCUUUAGUGUCAGUAGUUACAUGUGCAUCGUUAUACAUCUUAAUGGCUAUAAGUGGGAAUGUAUCCUUUGACAAAGUGUCUUCUAACGUCUUAAAUGACUUUUCCAAUCCGAAUAGUACUAGUGUGGAUUGGCUUAUCAUUCUCUCUCGAAUCUUUAUGAUUAUAGUAGUUACCAUGUCCUUUCCCGCUUUGAUGUUUCCGACGUGUGCUGGGAUCUAUAGAUACCUUCCAAAGACGUGGAAAUUCACGACUUUGUGGAAUGGCCGUCUUGCGAUCUUAACGAUCCGGAUCAUCAUAUUACUAUUAACAACACUGUUUGCGUCAUUCUUGGCAGACAUUGGUGUAGUCUUCUCUGUCGCUUCUGCACUCUUUUCGAUCUUUGUUGUUUACAUCUGCCCGAUGAGUAUCAUGAUGUUGUGGCCGCGCGUGGAGAAGUUUGGGUCUCCUGAGUUCCGGAAGUUGUCAGUGAUUGAUAAUAUCAUCUAUAAUAAAGUCGUGGAGGGAAGCCAGAAGUUCUCAAGUAAAGACAUCGAAACCGCUUUAAAUAGAAAUGAAGAGAAAGGCGAUAUCUCAGAUGUCGUUUUGACAAUCAACACUAACACAAGUGGACAACAAGAAAUAGAAUUGGACAGUCUGGGGGCUUUAAAGAACUUGGUCAAAAAUGAAAACACGGAGAAUAAAAACGCAUCGAAAAGUUCGGAGAACAAAAUUAAUAUCGCGUUCGAUAAGGAAAAUACCGUCGACGUUGAUAUCUUGAAAAAUAGAAACAAAACUAUUAAAUUGCCCGAUGGAAAGAUCCCACUGUGGAGAUAUUUGGUUUUCAUACCGGCUAUGCUCAUUUGCGUUUGUCUUUGCAUUUUAUCUGUCGUGGGGACUAUUCUUAAUGAAGUGAAAAAAUGA